AGGAAGGCAUUCCGGCAAAUGAGAGAACGGCGAAGGGAAGGCAUCAUUAAAAAGGCCUAUGAGUAUAGCAAGUUAUGCGAAGCGGAUAUUUGUCUAGGCAUCCGAUUGAGGGGUUCUGGUCGGGUGUACACCUUCUUAGCUGAUCCGAGUGGGUUUUGGUCCUCCUUUGAGUCACAAUUGGUAGGAUUCCUUUCCAGUGGGCAGUGCAAGACACUAAUCCCCUACAGGAAAAGUACUAUCCUACGCCGAUUCGGAAAACAACCGAGGACAUUCUACGAUCGCGUCAUACCCAGCACGGCCGCCAAGAGUCGGAGACAUCUGAAGGCAACAUCGAAUCUACAUAGACUAUGUAUAUGAUUCAGGUAUCAGUCCACAUGUGUGACUGUACUUACUUCGGAGCGGGACUGUACCUACGAGCGAACUGUACGAAGGGAAGGAAGUCACUGUAUCUGUGAGCACUGAUUCUCGGAUUCGUUGUCGGAUUUCGAGAACGACUUGCCGAAGGUUGUUGGGCAAGAUGCCGACACGCGACGCGCGCGCGGGACGGGCCGAAACACGAACCCCUGAACCCCCCGACCGCGACGAACGCGAAGAAUCACCACCACGGCUACGACCCAAACGAGUCACCAGACCACCAAAUAACUAUGCCCGGGAACAGGAAGAGGAAGCUACAAGAUAUGCGUUGGGCAGUCAAACUGAACGCCGAGGGAGAGGCAGACCAAAGACCCGCAAUGAAACCGCAGCAGAGCGCGUUGACAGCUCAGAGGACGAAACAGAAACCAGCAACGGCAACCCGCAAACGACUGAACUGCUCGCAGAGUUAGUCAAGUUACGAAGAGAAAUCAAGAGAAGGGAUGAGACCCAUAGAGAAGAAUUAAGGGAAGUCAAAACUCAGUUCACGGAAGCUCUUUCUGGAAUGCAACAGGAACUAGCGGAGCUACGUAAUGAGUUGGCUACAUCCCAGACCAACCAUGACGAGACACUUCGCGAAAUUCAAUCCCUACGUACCUCUAUAACCACCCCAGACCCUACGAACAACCUGUCCUACGCAGAUGUCGCCCGCACUCCUCCAACGAGCCAGCCAAGCAACAUACGGACUCUUUCCUCGUUUAACACGACCCCAACCACCUUCACCGAUACGUUAUAUUGCACGAUAGAUACCUCGAAUGUGACCGAUGGUGGUAGCGAGCGAAUGUCCGCCGGCCCAAUUAGGGCAGCAGUGGAGAAAGAGAUCCGGAUAAUGGAAAACCACACUAACUGGCGCUGUCGCGCGGUUACGGUGGACCCAAAGAACACCAACCGGAUCCGAAUUGCGUGCCGGGAUGAACCCGAACACCAGCUAGUUAAGAAAAUCGCAGAAGCAAUAAUUGGUGCAGGAGCCCGAGUGCUCCGCGACGAACUCUACCCAAUCAAAGUUGACAGUGUCAAGAAAGCAGCCGUGCUAGAUGAACAAGGCGAGAUCAGGGCAGAAGCCGCGGCAGCCUUCAGCGAGGAGAAUGAAACCACCGUUGCCAAGAUUGCAUGGCUCAGCAGAAAGGAAAGUGCGAAGGCCUAUGGGUCAAUGGUGGUGUACCUAACCAAAGGCACCGAUGCACGAAGACUCCUGGCCGAGGGGUUCUUCCACGCUGGGGGAGAAUCUGGCGUAACCAGCGCCUUUGAACAUCGUCCUCGACCUACACAAUGCUAUAACUGCCAAGAGAUUGGACAUAAGGCAUUCCAAUGCAAUAAUACCCAGAAGUGCGCGAAAUGCGCCAAGGAAGGCCACCGCCACAGCAACUGCAAUGAGACGGUCCUCAACUCUAUCCAGUGCAACAUGAAUAAAACGCUCCGAAUAAUUCAGCUAAAUGUAAGGAAACAGGGCGCAGUGCAUGACAGCUUAAUGAACGACGAAGAAAUUCAGGACGCAGUGGCAAUGGCAAUCCAAGAACCCCAAGCGAGAAGAAUUAACGGCCGACUCUUGACAACUCCGAUGGGACAUCAAAGAUGGACGAAGAUGGUCCCCUCCGCAUGGAGGGAAGGGAGAUGGGCAAUCCGGAGCAUGCUGUGGGUGAGAAAGGACGUGGAAGCAGAGCAAGUACCAAUUAAAUCCCCGGAUCUGACAGCGGCGGUCAUCCGGCUCCCCGAGCGAGUGAUUUUUAUGGCAUCAGUCUAUGUGGAAGGGGGAGAUGCCCAAGCCUUGCGUGACACGUGCGUUAGUCUACGCGAGGCAAUUACCAAGGUAAGGCGAGAUACGGGCGCAGUGGUGGAGGUUGCAAUCGUGGGAGACUUCAACCGACAUGACCAACUUUGGGGUGGAGACGACGUGCCUCUGGAGAGACAGGGCGAAGCGGAUCCAAUCAUUGACUUUAUGAGUGAAUUUGCUCUUAGCAGUCUACUAAAACGAGGCACAAAGACAUGGCAGGGGGGAGGACACGGUGGAGACUGCGAGUCAACUAUUGACCUCGUCCUUGCCUCGGAGAAUCUGACGGGUUCCAUGGUGAAGUGUGCAAUACAUGGGACGGAGCACGGCUCCGACCACCGCGCAAUCGAGACUGUGUUUGACGUUCCGGUUCCGGUUGCCAAACAGCAGGAGCGACUGCUGCUCAAAAACGCGCCUUGGAAGGAGAUUAAUGCCAGAAUUACCACAAGCCUGGACAGCACGCCGUCGGACGGCACUGUGCAGCAGAGAACCGACCGACUAAUGUCUGCGGUGUUGGAGGCAGUGCAUGCCUUGACGCCAAAGGCCAGACCGUCCCCGUACGCAAAGAGAUGGUGGACAACGGACUUGACACAACUCCGCUAUAUCUACACAUACUGGAGAAAUCACGCCCGAUCGGAGCGACGGGCAGGGCAAAUCGCAUCACACCUAGAAGAGACAGCUAAAAGUGCUGCGAAGCAAUACCACGAUGCCAUCCGGCAACAAAAGAAAAAGUACUGGAAGGAGUUCCUGGCAGACAACAGCAACAUAUGGAAGGCCGCCAAAUACCUAAAGUCUGGAGAUGACACAGCAUUUGGGAAGGUACCACAGCUCGUCCGAGCAGAUGGAACCACCACCACCGAUCACAAGGAACAAGCAGAGGAGCUUCUGGCUAAAUUCUUUCCUCCUCUACCAGACGAUAUUGAGGAGGAAGGGGCCAGACCGCAACGAGCGCCAGUCGAGAUGCCUGCCAUCACCAUGGAGGAAGUAGAGCGGCAGCUGCUCGCAGCAAAAUCAUGGAAGGCACCUGGAGAAGACGGCCUACCGGCGAUAGUUUGGAAGAUGACCUGGCCCGCGGUUAAACACAGGGUUCUUGACCUGUUCCAGGCAUCGCUGGAAGAGGGCACGCUACCAAGUCAAUGGAGACAUGCAAAAAUCAUACCACUUAAAAAGCCGAAUAAAGAGGACUACACCAUCGCGAAAGCCUGGAGGCCAAUUUCACUUCUCGCGACACUGGGCAAGAUCCUGGAGUCGGUGGUGGCAGAAAGGAUCUCACACGCAGUGGAGACAUACGGCCUGCUCCCAACCACUCACUUUGGAGCCCGAAAACAGCGAUCAGCGGAACAGGCGCUCCUGCUCCUGCAGGAGCAAAUCUACACGGCCUGGCGUGGCCGUCGGGUCCUGAGCUUGAUCAGCUUCGAUGUCAAAGGAGCCUACAAUGGGAGGAUGAAAGCUCGAGGCAUACCAGAAAGUCUGAUCCGGUGGUUCGAGGCCUUCUGCUCGGAACGAACAGCGACCAUCCAAAUCAAUGGGCAAGGGUCCGAGGUACAAAGCCUCCCACAGGCAGGACUACCGCAGGGCUCUCCCCUAUCGCCGAUCCUGUUCCUUUUCUUUAACGCAGACCUCGUGCAACGACAGAUCGACAGCCGCGGCGGAGCGAUUGCUUUCGUGGAUGACUUCACCGCGUGGGUGACCGGGCCAACUGCGCAGAGCAACCGGGAAGGUAUUAAGGCAAUUAUUAAUGAAGCUCUUGACUGGGAGAGGAGGAGUGGAGCGACGUUCGAAGCGGACAAAACUGCCAUCAUACACUUCACCCCCAAAGCACACAAAUCAGAACAGGAGCCUUUCACCAUCAAGGGACAAACCGUUGAACCCAAAGACCACGUCAAGAUCCUUGGAGUGCUGAUGGAUACUAGACUUAAAUACAAGGCACACAUAGCCAGGGCAGCGUCCAAGGGCCUAGAAGCAGCAAUGGAGCUCAAACGACUCAAAGGCUUAUCUCCCUCAACAGCGCGGCAGUUGUUCACGUCAACUGUUGCCCCAGUGGUGGACUAUGCCUCUAAUGUCUGGAUGCACGCCUUUAAAGAUAAGGCCAGCGGGCCCAUUAACCGGGUUCAACGGGUUGGAGCUCAAGCGAUAGUGGGAACGUUCCUCACCGUCGCAACCAGUGUGGCGGAAGCAGAGGCUCACAUUGCCUCGGCGCAAAGCCGGUUCUGGAAACGGGCAGUGAAGAUGUGGACGGACAUCCACACCCUACCAGAAACCAACCCACUCCGCAGAAAUACGGAUCGUAUCAGGAAAUUCCGAAGAUUCCACCGCUCGCCGUUAUACCAGGUGGCAGAUGUGCUGAAAAACAUCGAGAUGGAAACACUGGAAACCAUCAAUCCAUUCACAUUAGCACCAUGGGAGGAACGACUGCAGACCGAUAUUGGAGGAACCUCAGAGUCACCAGCAGAAGCCGGCGGAUCUAUGCAGAUCGCAGUCAGCAGCUCGGCACGGAAUGAGGUAGUGGGAUUUGGCGGAGUGAUUCAAAAGCAGCCGCCCAAGUACAAGAAGCCAAGACUAAAGACCUUCUCCAUCACACUUGGCGCAAGAUCGGAGCAGAACCCAUACUCGGGAGAGCUGGCAGCAAUGGCACACGCAUUGAAGACGCUACCAGUACUGAAACUGUACAGAAUCACGCUGCUAACGAGUAACAAAGCGGCCGCACUCACACUGGGGAACCCGCGACAACAGUCGGGCCAGGAGCACGUUUGCCUGAUAUACAAGCUAAUCAGAAGACUGCGGAAAAAUGGAAACAGGAUCACAAUCCGCUGGGUCGCCACAAGUGAGGAUAACAAACUGUUAGGCCUCGCUAAAGUGCAAGCCAGAGCGGCGACCCAAGAGGACCCCAUGCCAUACAUACAGCUCUCCAGGAUGAAGUCAACCACUCUCAACAUCGCACGAUCCCAACAAGACACCAGCAAAGGCCUGCCCGAGAAAGUAGGCAGACACGUGAAAAGGGUCGACGCGGCCCUCCCAGGCAAGCACACUCGACAGCUAUAUGAUCGAUUACCAUGGAAAGAAGCGAGCGUGCUGGCCCAGCUCCGGACGGGCAUGGCAAGAUUAAACGGAUACCUCUACCGAAUCAACGUUGCGGAAACCGAUCAGUGUGAAUGUGGACAAGCAAGAGAGACGGUAGAGCACUUUCUCUUUCGAUGUCGGAGAUGGACGACACAUCGGACAGAAAUGCUGCAAUGCACCAACACACACCGAGGCAACAUAUCCUUCUAUUUGGGCGGGAAGUCGCCCUCAGAUACUCAAAACUGGAGUCCAAACUUAGAAGCGGUACGGGCGUCAAUACGGUUUGCAAUCGCCACCAGCCGACUCGACGCCGCUUAACCUUAUAGUCGAACACAAAUCACCCACUCCUCCCAACCUAACUCACACCAACCACCUCGUGGCAGACACGGUAGGCGCGCUUCAACUGCCGAAGAUGGGAUGUUGAACACUUGGAGAAGCGCCUUCAAGACAGCCUACUAACAAAACUACUAACCCACGAGAAUCUCCUACGAUCCUGAUAGACGGCAUGACAUAUGUUAAAGGUUAAAUUGUAUGGGCUAGAAGGAGACAUGGCACCUGAUAGGAAAUGUACUAGUAUAUUAGUGAUAGUUGCCCUUUCGGCUCAGCCGCCGGGCGUUAAUAAAUUGUUUGUUUGUUUGUAUAUGAUUCAGAGGGAUAAAACAUGGCCCGAGUCUGAUGAUAGGAUAAGAUCCAAUAGCUAUCCACAC